GUGUGUCGCGGGUUGCUGUUUUGGGGGCGUGUUUUAAAUGCGCUCGCUCUUUUGGCUUGCUUGGUGUCUGUUGUUUCUGCGUAAAAUCCACGCAGCGCCUACACGUACACAUUGGGCAUGUUAAUCUAUGCCUCUGCGUUUACUCUGCGCUGUAACUUUAGGCUCCUCCAACAUGACCACCCCAGAAAUGUAACGUCAGGGAACAGGGGUUUGUUUUUAGCUGUCUGGUUUGGGGAGUGGAUGCUAACUAGGCUCUUAGUUCUACUUCUUCUUGGGUCGCUUCUUUUGGGCUUAUUUUCAGAGACCUGCUGCUUGUUUUUCCUCACGUGACCUGGCAACACUGUCCACAAGUCCAUCUGUUCCUCCAGUUAUAAAAAAAAAAAAAAAUACGACUGAGCACGUGAAAUAUUAAUGGAAUUGUGGCACAUACAUUUUUUUAAUUAGCCAAGGCUAAAGUUACAAUAUUAAGGUAUAGCUGAUUACAUUUUAACUAAAUGUAAUUACAUUUUAACUCUCACAAUUUAGUUCAGCAUUAACUAAUAGCCUAACAUUUGCGGAAGUGUCGCUCCAUAACGCCAGAGCGUCCUAGGACGAAGCUGGAGAGGGACCUUGGUGUUGCGUUGUUUCGGCUACCCUGUGUCACUGUGCCUCCUGCCCCUUUAACAAAUGAAGAUACUCGGCGAGGACGAGCGGAGGACUGCAGAACAGGCCCUGCGGAGCUAUUUACCAAAAAGUUCCAAGGUAUAUGGGGCUCUCUUUGGAAUGAAUCGAAACAAGCCAAGCACACUGGAGGUCGUUGUAGACACCUGGCCUGACUUCAAAAGCAUUAUAUUACGACCUGACCUAAAGAAUGAACGUGUGUCAGACUACACAAAGACGGUGACUUUAUUCUGUACAGAUGCGCAAGUCUUGAAAAGAAUGAUAGCAGAGGAGAAUGCAAUUGACUGGACCACAUAUUUCAUGAUUGGAGGGUUUGAUAUCACCCUGGCACCCAUGCUAAAGGAAGUCGCAGCCUCUCGGGGAGUUAAUGUGAGAGGCUUCACUCUGGUUCAUCUGUUGACCUUAUCAGACCCACAUGACCUACCUGACUAUCGUGACAGUGCUGAGAACAGGAUCAGCUCUCUGAAUGAAUCACACGUCGAUAUGGUGAACAAGACAUGGAAAUUUGGAGGAGACGAAAAGGGAUACAAGUUCAUCACACACCUCAUCAGCAACUUCCCCACUUGUUGCAUGUUGGAUGAGACAGGCCAGCCGGUGUCAUGGAUGCUGCUGUACGACUACUGUGCUCUUGGGAUCCUGUAUACCAAGCCUGAGCACAGAGGGAAAGGCUACGCCAAGGCCCUGAUCGCUUCCAUGUCAAAGAAACUUCAUGACGAGGGCUAUCCAGUGUACUGCUUCAUAGAGGAGGACAAUGACGCCUCUCUCAGGCUCUUCAAGAACAUGGGGUUCACAGAGGACCCAUCCUAUAGAGUGGCCUGGUUUGAGUUUAAUUAUUAGGCCCACCAAAUGUUUUUUGUUGAAGAUAAAUAAGUCAUCAUGGUAAAUGUCUUCAUAAAGCACAACGAUGGAUGGUCCAACAUUUUUGGAGGUUCAGGUUAGUACUAAAAAAAUCAAAAGUAGCCUAUAAGUGUCAACCUCAAUACAUCACCAUAAUUUAAUACAAAGCCCCUAUGGGUAGUAGCAUUAGUAGCAAUAGUUUUGUAUUCCAUCAUAAUAACUUUGCUUUCUCUCAUGAUACUUUUGGGUUUGCAUGGGAAAUUGCAUUCCUUUGCAAUUAGUGACCAGACUUCCAAAUUCCGGACAGUCCUGAAAUCCAAGCAGUUGUCCCGAAUCCCGAAUCCUUCCCUAAUUGUCCCAAAAAUGAAAGGCUCGAGUCUCGAAUCGGUUAUUGUGUAAUAAUGUAACAAUAAAAACUGUUCAUGGUGGUUGAGUCAUCUUGCAGCCAUCUCCCGUCGGCUUCUCAUUGGCCGCAGCAGUCCCUAUGUAACCUAUCUUUUAAAAAAAAAAGUGUGUAGCCUACUGGCGGGAAUUGAUUAUGUGUAUUAAUGAUAAGAUCAUUUUCUGUGAAUGUUGACGGAGGCCGGUGUCCUGAAACCCCGCUAAAAAGCACAAAAUGUCUCUACAGGUACCGGAGGAGUGGGUAGGGAGAUAGCCCACCCAUGGAUUAGCCUACUGCAGCCUAAAUACGUGUAUAUCACGACUCUAGAGGGAGCUCUGCAGGCGCCACAAUACCUAGACCUGCAUAGUGUACCUUUAAAUCCCUAAACCUGCAUAGUGUACCUUUAAAUCCCUAAACCUGCAUAGUGUAUACCUUUAAAUCCCUAAACUUGCGUAGUAUACCUUUAAAUCCUUAAACCUGCAUAGUGCACCUUUAAAGGUUUCUUAGUGAUCUUCAUAUUUGAAAUAACAUUUUCUCUAUAAUUAUCUUAUGAACAUUGUACUUGCUUAGUUGCAUUGUGACUCUAGAGGGAGCUCUGCAGGCGCCACAAUACCUAGACCUGCAUAGUGUACCUUUAAAUACCUAAACCUGCAUAGUGUACCUUUAAAUCCCUAAACCUGCAUAGGGCACCUUUAAAUCCCUAAACCUGCAUAGUUUAAAUCCCUAAACCUGCAUAGUGUACCUUUAAAUCCCUAAACCUGCAUAGUGUAUACCUUUAAAUCCCUAAACUUGCGUAGUAUACCUUUAAAUCCUCAAACCUGCAUAGUGCACCUUUAAAGGUUUCUUAGUGAUCUUCAUAUUUGAAAUAACAUUUUCUCUAUAAUUAUCUUAUGAACAUUGUACUUGCUUAGUUGCAUUGUGGCAAUGGCCGUAUUUGGGUAUUGCCACAAUACAACUAAGCAAGUAAAAUGUUCAUAUAAGAUAAUUAGAGAGAAAAUAACAAAAUAACUAUGAGACUGUAUAUUGUUGAUGUCAUGAUCAUGUAGUCUAUAAUUUUGUAUCUGUCUUUCUUGUUAAACCUAUUUAAGAUUAUUAAACAAAUGACUUUUGGUCGCUC